AUGGCGUUCCAUCCGUUACGAGAUCUCACUGCAAGUGAGAUCAAGCAAGCGGCAAGCCUGAUCAGGCAGUUGCAUAGAGACCAUGAACUUGUUUUCAAAGCUAUCACCCUCGAAGAGCCGCAAAAGGACUUGGUUCUCGACUAUUUCAGAGCAGAGAAGAAUGGCACGCCUCUACCUGCGGUCCCUCGUGUCGUAUUUGCGGCAUAUUACUUUAAAGACACCGACCGCUUUAUUACCACUCAUGUCAACCUCACUGACAACGCGAUUGAGCGGACGGAAAGAAUGAGCCCGAAGUUCCACGGAAAUGUUGAUUUCCAUGAGGUUGAGGCUGUCGAGGAGUUGACCCUUAAAGAUCCAACAGUCAUCGCCGAGAUUGCCAAGUUGAAGCUUCCAGAUCACCUCUGCGUCAUUGCUGAAGCAUGGAUCUUUGGAUCCGAUGGCGUGGUGGACCACGACCGGCAAUAUCAGGUGUACAUGUUCGUCGGAGAGAAAAGCAACCUUGACAGCAACCACUACGCUCGACCACUCGCUUUCUCUCCAGUCGUGGACACCGCGCGUAUGAGGGUUACUCGAAUUGACUACAUCCCGACAGGUAAUACCCACACGGCCCACGAGACAAAGCCUUGGGAAUACACGAAACCCAACGAAUAUGUGCCUGAAGCUUUGAACAUACGCAAGGACCUGAAGCCCCUUCGGGUCUUGCAACCAGAGGGGACAUCAUAUUCGAUUGACUCGGAGAAUGUGCUGCAAUGGCAAAAAUGGCAUAUGAGGGUUUGCUUCAACUAUCGCGAAGGUGUCCAUCUGCGAGACGUUUGCUACGACGGUCGACCCGUGUUCUACCGUGUCAGUUUGAGUGAGAUGACGGUGCCUUAUGCCGAUCCGAGAUCUCCUUAUCAUCGAAAGCAGGCGUUCGAUCUGGGAGACAUUGGAGCUGGUCUUGUUGCCAAUAAUCUGGCACUUGGCUGUGACUGUCUUGGAUCCAUCACUUAUCUCGACGGCUUGGUGACCAGUCCAUCCGGAGAGCCGUUGGUGAAGAAAAAUGCCAUCUGCAUCCACGAACAGGAUAAUGGCAUCGGUUGGAAGCACACAAACUACAGGACCGAGCGUUCUUGUGUAGUCCGCAAUCGUGAACUUGUGAUUCAGCAGAUUCUGACUGUGUCGAAUUAUGAAUAUAUACUUGCCUAUAUCUUCAACCAAGCUGGCGAAAUGCACUACGAAGUCCGCGCUACCGGCAUCUUGUCCACUGCUGCCAUCGACUCAGGCGAUUCGGCUCCUUGGGGCACUGUGGUCCAUGAUGGCGUUCUGGCUCAGCACCACCAGCAUUUGCUCUCUCUCCGAAUUGAUCCAGCCAUCGGUAGCUAUGAAACUGGCAACCGCUUGGCUUACUCCGAGUGCUACACCCUGCCCAUGGAUGAUUUCAACCCGCACGGCAACGGUUACAUCUCGAAGACGACCGUUGUGGACAAGCCGGGCGGUCUGGACCUGGACGCUUCUAAGAAUCGGGUUUUCAUGAUACAGAAUGACCAGAUUCGCAACGCGGUCAACCACCUGCCCAUCUCCUACAAGAUCCAAGUGCCGCCUAUGCAAGGAAUUAUGGCCCAUAAAGACAGCUUCCAUUUCAAGCGAGCGGAAUUUGCCGACCAUAGCAUCUAUUUGACAAAGUACGGCCAUGAUGAACUCUUCAGUGGCGGCAAGUACACAAACCAAAGCCGAGGCGGUGGUGGCAUUAAGACCUGGGCUGCCCGCCACGACAACGUUGUUGACAACGACAUCGUUGUGUGGGUUCAAUUCGGCAUGAACCAUGUGCCUAGAAUCGAGGAUUUUCCCGUCAUGCCGGUGGAGAUUAUGAAAGUUGGGUUCAAGCCAGUCAACUUCUUCACGAAGAAUCCCUCGAUCGACGUGCCACCUUCACGGCAAGAAGUCAAUCAAUCCAAGAUGGUACCACCAAGUGAAACUUCAAUCUGCUGCAAUGGGACGGACUCGAAGCUGUGA